GCAACCCUUGUUUCCUGUCAAGGACUUGCCAGAAUUAAGCAAAACUCAUCUAUGUUUCCUCCUUAACAUCCAGGUGCACUAACAAAACCUUUGAUAUUUGGUAUUUUAUCCCUGUAUCUUCCCCUAGAAGCUCAAAUACGAAACAUGAUGCUGCUGCAUGACCUGCCCCAAUACUAUAGAGAAAUUGAGGGAACUGAAAUCCUGUCAAGAACCUCUGAGUCCAAUGAGAUACUAACUCCACUUCAAACUCCUCCUUGUUCAACUGUCUCACAAGACAGAUGUAAAAAGUUUGGGGAAUCCCUUCACUGCUGCAACCUUCCCUGGGGAGCAGAAAGGGAGCAUGGAGGAAUUGCACUACCUGUACUGCUAGAAGAAAACAGGGCAAAGGAUAAGUCUCCAUGUACAUUUGUUAAAGGAUAUCAACCUUAUGGAGGUGGUCUAGACCCUUGGCCAAGAGGCCUUGUCACUAAGCAAUACUAUGAUGUCACUCAGCUGAAAAGAAGUGAUGUGUGUAUGAAUUAUGAGCUGCUUAAUAAACCACCAGAAAGUUUGGCUAAACCACUGUGCCUGCCAUUUCCCACCUCUCAUCCCUACCAGACACACAUCUCUAGGUACACCGUGUUCCCAAACUUCAGAUCACUUGAGAAUCGAGACACUGGGAUCGAUGCAAGCAGUAAUCAGCCUUUCCAUCCCAAUAUCCCUACCAAGGAUUUUCAUGUGACUGUUCUGAGGAAGACCACAGGUAAUCUAUAUAGGCAUGAAGUUGUCAGUAUUCCCUCUGACUCCCAGAAGGCAGCUGUGCGCUGGCACACAUACUUCCAAGCAGUGGCCUCUAACUCCACUUUUAAAGAGCUAGAACAUAACCUCUCUGCAAGAGCAAACAGUGUGCUACGAAAUGCUGAAAGAGCUCUGGGGAUGACAACAUUCAGUUGGGACUUCAUAGGGAAAGGUCCUAUGAGUCCCCUUAUCCUGGACAACUAUUACAUGAAAGCAGCUGGCAGAUUAACAGGAGAACUAGGUGAAGACAUGGAACUAAUAAAAACAUUUCUGCUCAGUCUCUCACAAGUGAGACCUCUUGACGGGCGCAUUGCAUGUUUACUUCAAGGUCAAUGUCCCCAUGAAUCAAUUCUGCAAGAACAGUACUCCUGCCAAGUGCAGGCCGCUCUAUCUCAGAUGUGCUACCAGAAAGUUCAUUAUCUGAAUACAAGGCCGCCAAUAAACAAACUUCAGAAAAUAACUGACACAUUGCAAACACAAGUAUUGUAUACGGGGCAGCUUUCAGGAAGGCCUGAACUUGACUCCCUUCCAAAAUUUGCAUGUUCCCUUUCCUACAGAGACUUCGAGCCGAGACAUUUGGAUCAACAUACAAUAUGGCAAAACCCAGUUAGCCCAAGUAAGCCAGCCUUACCACUGAAUGUAAAGAGUGAGGAAAGCAGAAUUUUGUUGCACAAGCUUUGGCAUCAAGAAGUAUGUCAGCCUGCAUGAAGACCAGAGGACAGGCCAAGAGAGAUAGCACUGCCUGAAUGGAUCCCGAGCUGUGAGGCUCCUUGGCAUCAGACAGCAAGGCUGGAGCUGCAGCAUUCCUUCUCUAAGACAGCAGCACAAAAAUGUUUUCAUGAUUCUGUCAGAGACACAAAGGACCUCAGAGAUAACAUAACUGAGGAAAAGAUACACAAAUUCUGUGGUUUCAAUGCUUUUUAUUUCUUUAACUGA